UAUGCCUAGUAGUACCUAGUAUAUAGUAGGCUAGCUAGUAGCCAUACUAGGCUACCUAAAUACUGCCAAGGUAGGUAGGGAGCCUCGUUAGCCGGUAAAUUGAAGACUACCUAACUACCGAUUACCACCGUUAAGCAUUUUCAACUACAAUGCCGUUCAAAAUGAGAGGACAUCGCUGUGUGCUGUGCAGGAGAAAUAAAAACGAUUGUGGGUCACUCAUGUUGCACCGAUUUCCAAAGGAUGUUGCCAGGUGUAAGACUUGGGUAGAAGCAUUAAAUCUUCCCAUUCUUGAACGUGUACCACCUUCUCGGCUGAAUCAUUCGUAUGUCAUUUGCAGUGACCACUUUAGAGAUGACCAGUACCUGAAUGGACGUCUUUUAUACAACAGUGUACCAGUUCAAAUGACCUCACCCUUUUCAGAUUUAACACCUGUUGACCAAGGAGAUUCUAGUGAUGAGACUUCGGACUCGGAUGAGAGAGCGUCAUUUAUACCCAAGAAAGAACCACCUGUAGUAGGAGUUCUAGACAAUAAUUUACCAUUUGGAGGAACAGACUGGACUUUCCAUGAUUUUCCUCGGGGAUGUUAUGAUAAAUCGGCACAUGCUUCAGAUGAAGUACGAAUGGGGCCUUCCUUUUCGCAAGGUACAGGAACAAUGGGAAGAAGCUCUCCUGUUUUUAUAGGUCCUGAUGUUCCAGGAACUUCUGUAGAUUACAAAAUAGAACCAGGAACAACUUUCCAAAUGCCAUAUGAUAGUGUUAGUGGAAAAUCAUUAGAUUUUAUUGAUACCUUCCCAGCCACAGUCGAAAAUGAAACUAGAAAUGUCACCGACAGUACCAUCAAGAGCAUUGGGUAUGAUUUCUCUUUGAAACUGGUUAAGAAGGAUGGUACUGUUAUUAGAGUACCUGAAGAGAGGGCUCUUUGUGUAUCAAGAAAUCCUUGUGUAACCUCAUUCAUUCAGAAAUGUCUAAAAAAGCCGAAGUCUUGUAAAAAGUCACACAGCAGUCGAAGAAGGAAUCUAUUUGCACUUUCCGCCUACAGUAAGAAUCCUAAAGCCUAUAAAUAUUUAAAGGAAAUGUUUGGGCUUCCUCCUAUUAAAAUGAUGAGACAGUGGAAGAAAACAAUAAUUUCUGAUUAUGGAUUUUGGAGUUCAUAUAUUCACUCAUUUCUUGAAAGAAGGGCUUUGUCGAUGAAUGAGGAGGAGAAACUAUGUGGAAUUCUUUUCCAUGUUUUUAAAAUUCAAGAUGAUGCUGCCAAGAAGACGAAUUUGCCUUGUGAGGAAGUCUUAAACCAGAGCUCCACAAAUGAACAGAAUAGUAAUAUAAAUGAAAAUUUAGACAGUUUUGUUAAUCAUGUUCUUGUUUUAGUUGUGAAAAGUUUUAACAAGACAUGGAAUUAUGUUGUAGGUGUUCAUCGUCUCGGUAGCUGUAUUAAAGCUAGUUACGUUAAGCAGAUUCUAGAAGAGUGUAUUGUUAAACUUCAAGGCAUUCGUCUUGAUGUGAAAUUUAUGUUGAGCAUGUAUGUCCCUCUUAAUUAUUCUGUGAAAGAGCUAUUUGGAAUUACGCCUGAUGAACCAUAUAUCAUAGUGAGGGAGAAAAAGGUUUAUGUUUUGUGUGAACCACAAGCACUCAUUUUGGAUACCUUGAAGGCAUUCUCUAAGAAUAACAUUUAUACUGGAAAUGGUCUAGCAAAGUGGGAUUAUGUUCAUAGGUUUCUUGAAAAGGAUUCUCAACAGGAUAUAAGUAUGGGCCCAAAUUUAGGUUUGGUGCUUGAAACGCUAACCAUGGGAAGAUCAUUUGAUAAUUGUAGCAAAGAUACUUCUCAAGUUUUUAGCCAGGCUGUUGCUUCUGGAAUUUACAUUUAUACUACAUUAGAUGUUCUUCCCCAAGAAGCUGUGCACACGGCAGAAUUUAUUUUUACUUUUAGCAAAUUAAUUAAUUGUUUUCUUGACUCUAAACCAUUGAGCAAGUCGCAGGAAAAGACAUAUAUUGAUCAUAUAAGAUUUCUUGAGAGCCUGAAGUCUGGUAUCUUUAUGUGCAGAUUUGUGUCAAAAACUAAUGAACAGAGUAGUGAUUCAUGUAGUGCAGACAAUCAGUGUUUUCUUAGUUGGAAAAGUAAUGUUAAUGCACUACUACAAAUGUGGAAAGAAUUAUUCAACAACCAUAAAAUAUCACACAUUCAAGUUCAAAAACUUUGUCAGACACAUGUUGAUGAUUUGCAUAAAUUAAUAUGUAAGGAUAAAGGUCAGUCUGAGCUAACUUCUUUGCAGUUUGAAAGGGCAAUCAAAAAAAUACUUUUCAAAUCCCUGAGACAAACUUCAUAUCUAGAAGACUGUGAAUCUUUCAUUUGUCAAAAUCCUUAAAAAGGCAAUAUGGUUUUUUGUGAAAUGCAUGUUGAAAAUUCUUAAUUUAGGUCAUUUGAAUGUCUUCCAAUACAAAAACACAAUUUUCUGCAGCCAUUUGCCUUUUGUAAUCAUUCCAUCCCUAUUGGUGAGAUAUACUAUAUUCAUAGUAAUAUUAUCAAAUCUGGACCUUUAGAGAUUAUAACAUCUGAAGAGGUUGAGGACAACCCCAGGAUCAUCCAGAAUAAGACAUUUGGUAAAAUCAUCAUGAGAGCUGCUAAUUAAUGAGAGAUAAGUCAGAAAGUAAACAACUUAAUAAGGAAGGGACAGGACCCAAAAAGUAGAAAAUAACAUUGUACAAAGGAAACAGAGAUGAACCGUAAUGUAGAAGCUAUACUGGAAUAAGUUUUCUUGAGAAUGCUUUAAAAAUAAUGGGUAACCUGAUAAAGAUGACGUGAAAAAGUAAUGUUCAAGAAUACUAUGAAAAUGCUGAAGAAGAUGCCUUAGUGAAGCUUGAAAAAUUUAAAACUACAAGAAAGGUACCAUAUGAAGUGGAAGAGGGUGCCAUGCAGAUACAAUGAGAUUUUUUUUUAAUGUGGAUGGAAAUUGUGCAACAGGCCAUAAAACUGUCCCCAUAUUUAACCAGACCACUGCCAUCCCUCUAGAACAUGGUGAUUUGUUCAUUGCAUAAGUUGAACAUUUUAUAUUCAACAUCUAAAUAACUGCUUUAGUAUAAUAAGUAUGUCAGGCUUGGCAAAAAUACAAAAACACUUUAUAGAUACAUUGGUAACUUUGUUAAAAGAAAACUUCAAGGUUAUAUAUAAUUUUUAUUUAUACUUCAUGUAACCCUUACAGGAAACAAUUUUUUCUUUGCUAAAUCUGACUAAAAUAUUGUUAACUAUACCUACUGUAAUUAAGUGAAAGUUACAACUUAAAAAAUGCUAAUCAA